CGUAAAAUAUAUCUCAAUGCCCUGUCGGUCAACGAGCGUUCUACGAGAUCUGCGAGACGCGAGAGCGAGAGAGAGAGAGAGAGAGAGAGAUGAGUGACGAGAAGUGGAAAGGGAACGAUGGAGGGAGCGGCGAUCAUCAUCAUCAUCACCCCCACCACAACCCGUUUCACCAUCAUCACGAGCAGCAUCAGUCUGCUCCUCAGUACGGGACGUUCCAAAGUGUGAGUUCGCAGCCGCCGGCGAUGGGGUUUCCGCAACCGGUUCCACCGCCGGGUGCCUCUGGUUAUCCGUCGCAUCCCGACCAGACCCACUAUCCCCAUGGCUACCAAUCUGUUCCAGCCUAUGCUGCUGUUGCUGAAGGAAGGCCUUUGAGAGAGCCACGUCUGCCUUGUUGUGGCAUUGGCCUUGGAUGGUUUCUGUUCAUCAUUGGAUUCUUUCUUGCUGCUAUUCCGUGGUAUGUUGCAGCUUUUAUAAUGCUGUGUGCCACAAGAGUUGAUCAUAGAGAAAAACCAGGCUACGUCGCUUGCACAAUUGCAGCUGUUAUUGCCACAAUCGCCUUUAUUUUUGGAGGAACAAAAGGAGCUCAUGUGUGGUGAUUGUUUGACGGCCCUGAGCAAAAUAAUUGGAUCUGUGCUAUGUACAUAGCUGUUUGAUUGUGUACUCUAUAGGUGUGAACUUUGCAUACUUGUAAUUUUUUUUUUUUUAAAUUUUGCAACUUAACGAUCAUUUUAGAAUUUUACUGGAUGUUUCUAUAGUAAUAUUUUGUUUGAUACGUCCCUUGAUGACAAUAUGUUGCUGAUAUUUUCCCUUACUAAUGAAGCCUGAUGUUCUAGAUU